CUUUUCCCAAUUUUCAAUUCUCCUUCGUCUUCGACCCGGUGACUCUCCCGUCGCCGAGUCCCUCUAGGGGCGAUAUCUUCUCCGGCACGCGGCGGCGAGUUAUUCGCCCUCUCUCACGCUCCCCCUAACCUCCAGCACUCACUUCUCGACAUCGCCGUCGCCGCGCGAUCUGCCUCCUUUGGUGCGCUUCAUUCGUUGGUGGCGCUGGCGUUCAGCAGAGAUCUGUUCUUUAAAUGGGAUGAGCCUUCGUUUCCUUUCCUCACGAGAUCCUUCUUUCCGAGCUGCGACUGAUCAUCGAUCAUCUGGGUGUGGGAUUCCUAGAGCCGUGGAGCAGAUCGACCCAGAUCCAUUUACCUGAGAAACACGUGGUUGGGUAGUCCCCUGCUAAUUUUGCUAUGAUUUUGAUUUACCCUUCGCCUCUGGACCAUGGCGAUUCCUCCCCCAACACAAUUUUCAUCUUCCUAGAUCCGAGAUUUUGAGUUCUGAAUCCCUGAGCCUGCAUUAUUUUUUGCUACCGUUUAUUCGCUGAUUCAGAUCGACAAGGGUUUAAAGAUGCUUCGGCUGCGUGCGUUCCGUCAGACGAACGGCAAGAUUGUCAAGAUCCAGCUACACCCCACCCAUCCAUGGCUCGUCACCGCUGACGAAUCCGAUCACGUCUCUGUCUGGAAUUGGGAGCACCGUCAGGUGAUCUAUGAGCUGAAGGCCGGCGGUGUUGAUGAGCGGCGGUUAGUAGGGACGAAGUUGGAGAAGCUCGCCGAAGGAGAAACUGAACUUAAAGGAAAACCCACUGAGGCCAUACGAGGCGGAAGUGUUAAGCAAGUUGGUUUCUACGAUGAUGAUGUGCGUUACUGGCAACACUGGCGCAAUCGAUCUGCAGCUGUUGAGGCACCAACUGCUGCUAGUCAGAAUUCUUCUGCUUUUAAUUCACCAGUGCCAUCCACUAGAGGAAGACAUUUUCUUGUUAUUUGUUGUGAGAAUAAGGCCAUAUUCUUGGAUUUGGUGACAAUGCGAGGGCGUGAUGUUCCCAAGCAGGAGCUUGACAAUAGGUCUCUUCUAUGUAUGGAAUUUUUAUCAAGAUCUGCUACUGGUGAUGGCCCACUUAUUGCUUUUGGUGGAUCAGAUGGCGUAAUAAGAGUUCUCUCAAUGAUAACAUGGAAGCUUGUGCGUCGGUAUACUGGUGGCCAUAAAGGAUCAAUAACCUGUUUGAUGACAUUUAUGACAUCUAACGGUGAGGCAUUCUUGGUUUCUGGGGCUAGUGAUGGUUUGCUUAUACUAUGGAGUGCAGAUCACAUACAUGAUUCACGUGAACUUGUGCCUAAACUUAGUUUAAAGGCACAUGAUGGAGGGGUAGUGGCCGUUGAGCUUUCAAGGGUGAUGGGAAGUGCACCACAACUCAUUACUAUUGGCGCUGAUAAAACUUUAGCAAUAUGGGAUACCAUCUCAUUCAAGGAACUUAGGCGUAUAAAACCAGUUCCAAAGCUUGCUUGUCACAGUGUGGCAUCUUGGUGCCAUCCUCGAGCUCCAAACCUUGAUAUUCUUACUUGUGUCAAAGAUUCACAUAUCUGGGCUAUCGAACAUCCAACAUAUUCUGCUUUGACAAGACCAUUGUGUGAAUUAUCUUCACUUGUUCCUCCCCAAGUUAUUGCAUCCACUAAAAAACUCAGGGUGUACUGCAUGGUUGCGCAUCCUUUGCAACCACAUCUCGUGGCUACUGGAACCAAUAUUGGUGUUAUUUUAAGUGAGUUUGACGCAAGAGCUCUUCCAGCUGCAGCUGCUUUACCAACACCACCUGGUAGCAGAGAACAUUCUGCUGUAUACAUAGUUGAAAGGGAGCUUAAAUUGCUAAACUUUCAGCUGUCUAAUACUUCUAAUCCAUCUCUGGGUAGUACUGGUACCAUCACCGAAUCAGGAAGAACCAGGAUGGAUUUGGAACAAUUGCAUGUCAAGCAGACUAAGAAGCACAUAAGCACACCAGCUCCACACGAUUCAUAUUCUAUGCUAUUGGUAAGCAGUUCAGGAAGGUAUGUUGCAAUUGUAUGGCCAGAUAUUCCUUCAUUUUAUGUGUACAAGGCUAGUGACUGGUCAGUUGUUGAUUCUGGGACUGGGAAGCUUUUUGCUUGGGAUACAUGCGGUGAUCGAUAUGCUGUAGUUGAAACUGCAUUGACUCCAAGAAUACCGCUUAUUAAAGGUGGUUCAUCUAAAAAAGCGAAAGAAGCUGCUGCUGCUCAAGCUGCUGCUGCAGCUGCAGCUGCUAGUGCAGCUUCUUCAGCAACUGUACAAGUUCGUAUUUUGUUAGAUGACGGGACUUCACAUGUCAUGACAAGGUCGAUUGAAGGCCGUAGUGAUCCAGUUAUUGGCUUGCACGGUGGUGCUUUGCUCGGGGUUGCAUAUCGAACUUCACGCAGAAUCAGCCCGAUGGCUGCAACAGCUAUUUCAACUCAAUCAAUGCCUUUAUCUGGCUUUGGCAAUAGUGGAGUUACAUCAUCUUUUGCUGCACCUGAUGAUCCUUUUUCUUCCAACAAACCUGCUGCAGAAGUCGCUCCACAGAAUUUCCAGCUAUACAGUUGGGAGACAUAUCAGCCUGUGAGUGGCCUUCUAGCCCAGCCAGAAUGGACUGCAUGGGACCAAACUGUUGAGUACUGUGCCUUUGCUUACCAUCAGUACAUUGUUAUAUCUUCCUUGCGUCCUCAGUUUAGGUACCUGGGAGAUGUUGCAAUCCCCUUUGCUACUGGUGCUGUUUGGCAUCGCAGGCAACUUUUUGUCGCUACACCAACUACAAUUGAGUGUGUUUUUGUUGAUGCUGGUGUUGCACCAAUAGAUUUGGAAACCAAGAGGAAAAAAGAGGAAAUGAAAGCCCAAGAAGCUCAAAGUAGAGCCUUUGCUGAGCAUGGUGAGUUGGCACUUAUAACAGUUGAUAGCCCACAAGUUGCCACAAAUGAGCGAAUCCCUCUAAGACCUCCGAUGCUUCAGGUUGUUCGCCUAGCCUCCUUUCAGCAUGCACCUUCUAUACCCCCAUUCCUUACAUUGCCUAAGCAGCAGACCAAAGUAGAUGGGGAUGACACAAUGUUAAAGGAAAUGGAAGAAAGAAAAGUAAAUGAAGUUGCAGUUGCUGGUGGAGGUGUCUCUGUGGCAGUUACUCGCUUUCCACAAGAACAAAAACGCCCCAUUGGGCCUCUUAUUGUGGUUGGCGUUAGAGAUGGUGUUCUUUGGCUUGUAGACAGGUAUAUGUGUGCACAUGCCCUGUCUCUGAGUCAUCCAGGUAUACGCUGUCGUUGUCUUGCUGCAUAUGGUGAUGCAGUUAGUGCAGUGAAGUGGGCGACUAGACUAAGCCGUGAGCAUCACGAUGAUUUAGCUCAGUUCAUGCUUGGUAUGGGAUAUGCAACUGAAGCUCUACAUUUACCUGGAAUAUCCAAGAGGUUAGAGUUUGACUUGGCUAUGCAAAGCAAUGACUUGAAGAGGGCCUUACAGUGCUUGUUGACAAUGAGCAAUAGUAGGGAUGUUGGUCAAGAGAAAAAUGCUGCUGAUAUCACUGAGAUUCUAAGUCUAACGGCUGUUAAACAGGAAAAUCUAGUGGAUGCUGUUCAGGGUAUAGCAAAGUUUGCUAAAGAAUUUCUAGACCUUAUUGAUGCUGCAGAUGCUACAGGACAAUCUGAUAUUGCACGUGAAGCCCUCAAAAGGCUGGCUGCUGCUGGAUCCGUGAAGGGUGCUUUGCAAGGUCAAAUUUUGAGAGGAUUAGCUCUACGGCUUGCAAAUCAUGGAGAGCUAACUAGACUUUCAGGGCUAGUAAAUAAUCUGAUUGUUGCUGGUCAUGGUCGUGAAGCUGCAUUUUCUGCAGCAGUUUUGGGAGAUAAUGCACUAAUGGAGAAGGCAUGGCAGGACACUGGAAUGCUUGCCGAGGCAGUUCUCCAUGCUCAUGCUCAUGGUCGCCCGACACUGAAGAACUUAGUCCAGGCCUGGAACAAGAUGCUCCAAAAGGAGCUUGAUCAUACACCCUCUGUUAAAACUGAUGCGGCUGCAGCAUUUUUGGCGUCACUGGAGGAUCCAAAAUUUACAAGCUUAUCAGAUGCUGUAAAGAAGCCUCCCAUAGAAAUCCUCCCUCCUGGAAUGGCAUCUCUCUCGGCACCUCCUCUUACUAUUAAUAAAAAAGCUUCUGCAUUUGCCUCCACACCACAACUUCCUUCAACAACAGCACCGAGCCCCACACCUGCUGCAGUCCAGAGUGAGUCUGCGGCAGGCCCUCAGACCACUCCAACCUCUGAAGCAGAUAAGCCACUAAUGUUGGAGGCGCCUCCGCCGGUUGAUCAAUCUGGUGCUACGACUGCUGAUGCUGCUACUGCUACUCCUACUGUUACUGCAACUGCUACUACUACUACUACUGCUCCAGUGACAGAACCAGCUAGCAACUCAGCUGCAGAACCUGUGAGCAAAACAGAUGCUUCCCCUAAAGCUACUGAGUCACCUCCUCCCACAGAAGGUGUGCCACCGGUUCCUAGCACCUAGGUUGCCUCAUCUACUGCAAGAGAGGUAGCUUCUUAGUUCAUUUUCCCAUAAAUACAUUUGUUUUUAUUUAUCAGAAUUUAGUUACAUUUACCCGUACUAUUGUUCAUUUUUUCACAUUGCCUUCUAGUCCUUUACAUUCGUCUUGUAAGUUUGGGGAUUUGUUUUGUGCUUCAUUUUACCACAUGUAGUAUAUACUUAGAGAGGUGUCUUGAUCUGCA